AUGGCGUCUCCCGAGCCGAAUCCGACCAUGGAUCCCAUGCAACACCUCGCCAUCCUCCUCUCGCGUUCGCUGAACACCCUCAACCCGAAUCCAGUUCUCGCCAAGACAGUCUACAAUCUCUCGCACUCGCACUCGACCGUCGACUCGUUCCACAAGGCCAUCUCGGCGUUCGGGCGGUUCUCGCUCCCGCAGGCGACAGAGAUCUACGAGUACUGUCAGGCGCAGGAGACGAUCGAGCGGGCGUUCAGUCAGCCUGGCUCGUCGCUCAACGGCGGAAGGGGGAUUCAGAUCAUGGACCACGACGUCCUUGAGCCAGACCAGCCAGUCCGGGCAGGCUUGAGCAUGGGAGCGGGAGAGGACAAGCAUGUCUUCAAGGUCCCCCAGCGGAGUGCGCUGGGACUUGAUAGGCUCGCUGCGGAGAAGCGGAGGGAGAAGGCAGACUUGGACAAGAGGAGUGACAUCAAGCGCUUCAAGUACGAUGACGAAGAGGAGGACCAGACUAGUGCGGGCUUCAAGGUUCCGACUCGCCGCUCCGCACCUUCGAACCUUCGCAAUCGACCAUCCGACACUCCAUCCCAUCCUGGCGGUCUCUCCGACACCGCUCGUCGUCGCCUCGAAGAGCACCGAGCGAAGCGUGCCGCAGCCGCAGCGGACACUCGCGAGCUGAAGGGUCGCGACGAGGGUGGAAGAAGCGCGAUGGAGGGCUUCAGGGAGCGUCUGAACAGGAAUGAGGAGCGAAGACGGGAUCGAGAUGCGCGAGGCGGUAGGGAACCGGAGCGCGAUGGGCGUGAGCGGGAUCAGGGUUACGGCGGGCGGACCUCGCAGCGAGCCGGAGGCUACGAGCCAGAGACGCCUGGCGGCUCGUCGACUUCUGCUGCUCGACUGCGGAACCAGUCCUGGGAUUCAACGCCGUCUCGCGGCGGUCCUCGCGAUCCGUCGGCAACGCCUCGCUCGCGCGCAAGCUGGGACUCGACACCUCGCUCAUCUUCCGGGCGACGUGACGAGCGCGAGUGGGAUACACCUCGCUCGGUGCGCGUGGCCGGAGGCGACGAGUCACCCUACCCCUUACGCGAACCGCCUUCCGCUCUCGGCGACAACGAUGGCGAUGCGGGCGGCUGGGAGCAAGACGUGCGCGAAGUCGACCGCUCCUGGUACAACAUCGACGAAGCCGGCAACGAGGUGGCGCAGGACUUCGAAGGAUACGACGACUUUGCCGACCGUGAAGCCGAGCUUAUUCAAAAGGCUGGCGGAGGGCCCGGGGCGCAGCCAAAGAAGCGCCUGACGGCACGGCAAGCUGCGCGGAACGCCGAGAACGACCAGUGGGAGCGGAAUCAGCUCGCCUUGUCCGGCGCGACGGGCGAGCGGCGCCAGCUCGACUUCGACUCGCUCGAUGACGACGAGGAGUCCAGGGUUCACCUGCUAGUCCACGACCUCAAGCCUCCUUUCCUGGACGGCAAAACCGCUUUCACGAAGCAGCUCGAGCCGAUCAAUCCGAUCAAGGACCCCACGAGCGACUUGGCGGUCUUUUCGAAGAAGGGCAGUCUACUCGUCCGAGAGCGGAGGGCGCAGCGCGAGAGGGAGCGAGCCGCAGCGAAAGCCGCCAGUCUCGCUGGUACCGCGCUUGGCAACAUCAUGGGCGUCAAGGAGGAGGAGAAUGCGGACGGCGAGAGCACCGGCGAGAAGAAGACCUCGACGUCGGAUGUCAAGCACGAGGAGGACGAGGGUCGCAAGGGAUCCGAUUCGCAAUUCGCGGAGCAUAUGAAGAAGGCGACGAAGGGCAAGGGCACGAGUCAAUUCGCGCGAACGAAGAGCUUGAAGGAGCAGCGGCAGUACCUUCCAGCGUUCGCCUCGCGGGAAGACCUGCUCAAGGUUGUCAGGGAGAAUCAGGUCGUCGUGGUCAUCGGCGAGACCGGUUCCGGCAAGACGACGCAGCUCACCCAGUUCCUGCACGAGGAAGGCUACUCGCAAUACGGCCUCAUCGGUUGCACGCAACCUCGUCGUGUCGCCGCUAUGAGUGUCGCGCAGCGUGUCUCGGAGGAGAUGGAGUGCGAGCUCGGCGCCGAAGUCGGCUACAGCAUCCGUUUCGAGGACUGCACAUCCGAGAAGACCGUCAUCAAGUACAUGACGGACGGUGUGAUGCUUCGCGAGUCGCUCAACGAAGGCGAUCUGGACCGCUACAGCGUCAUCAUCCUCGACGAGGCUCACGAGCGGUCGCUCAACACCGACAUCCUGAUGGGCCUGCUGCGAAAGAUCUUGUCCCGACGACGAGACCUCAAGCUCAUCGUCACCUCGGCAACCAUGAACGCUGCAAAGUUCUCAAAGUUCUACGACGACGCUCCCUGCUUCACCAUCCCCGGCCGAACGUUCCCUGUCGAUGUCCUCUUCAGCAAGACGCCGUGUGAAGACUACGUCGACUCGGCUGUCAAGCAGGCGCUGCAGAUCCACAUCUCGCACCCGCCUGGCGACGUCCUGAUCUUCAUGACGGGUCAGGAGGACAUCGAGGUCACCUGCGACGUCAUCAAGGAACGCCUCUUGCAAGUGGACGACGUCGCGCCGCUCGAAGUCCUGCCCAUCUACUCGCAGAUGCCCGCUGACCUGCAAGCCAAGAUCUUCUCGGCGACGGAAGACGGCCGGCGGAAGUGCAUCGUUGCGACCAACAUUGCCGAGACCUCGCUCACGGUCGACGGCAUUAUGUACGUUGUCGACGCCGGAUUCAGCAAGCUCAAGGUGUACAACCCGCGGAUGGGCAUGGACUCGCUGCAGAUCACGCCGAUCUCGCAGGCGAAUGCCAACCAGCGCUCUGGACGUGCCGGACGAACAGGAGCAGGCACCGCCUACCGCCUCUUCACCGAGAUGGCCUUCCGCGACGAGAUGUUCGAGAGCACGAUCCCCGAGAUCCAGCGAACGAACCUCUCUAACACGGUCCUGCUGCUCAAGUCGCUCGGCGUCAAGAACCUCCUCGAGUUCGACUUCAUGGACCCGCCGCCGCAGGAGAACAUUCUCAACUCGAUGUACCAGCUCUGGGUGCUCGGCGCGCUCGACAACACCGGCGAGUUGACCGACCUCGGCCGCAAGAUGUCACACUUCCCGAUGGACCCCGCUCUUGCCAAGAUGCUCAUCUCGUCGGUCGAAAUGCGCUGCUCGGCAGAGGUCCUCACCAUCGUCUCGAUGCUCUCGGUGCCGAGCGUCUUCUACAGACCGAAGGAGCGCGCAGAAGAGUCGGACGCCGCGAGGGAGAAGUUCUUCGUCCCGGAGAGCGAUCACCUGACGCUGCUGCACGUCUACACGCAGUGGAAGUCUAACGGCUACUCGGAUGCCUGGGCAGCGCGGCACUUCCUGCACCCGAAGACGCUCCGCAAGGCGCGCGAGGUUCGAACGCAGCUUCUCGACAUCAUGAAGCACCAGAAGCUCGACAUCAUCCCGUGCGGCACCGACUGGGACGUCAUUCGCAAAACCAUUUGCGGCGCGUACUUCCACCAGGCCGCGCGCGUCAAGGGUAUCGGCGAGUUUCAGCACUUGAGGACCGGAGUUCCGAUGCACCUGCACGCCACGUCCUCGCUCUACGGCCUUGGCUUCCUGCCCGACUACGUCGUCUACCAUGAACUCGUUCUGACGAGCAAGGAGUACAUGUCGACCGUCACGUCUGUCGACGCUUACUGGCUCGCCGAGCUUGGCUCAAAGUUCUACUCCGUCCGCGAGCAACACUUCUCCGACCGCCAGCGUCUUGCCGCCAAGCAGCAGUUCAAGACCGAGUCGGAUGCCGAGAUGCGCUUAAAGGAGGAGUUCGAGCGGGACAAGCAGGAGAAGGCGGAAAGGCAGAGGGCGGCCAAGAGCGUCGCGAGCACGCCCAGGAUCGCUGGAGUCGGCACGCCUGUCGUCAAGCGGACUCCGCGGCGGUUUGGCAUGUAG